CAGCUUAUCGAUUUGGUUUGCCAAUUGAACGGUUCUCACUGGUUUCUCCCGCCAUAGUCCGGACAACAAUGGCGACGCUAUCGUUCUCUAAGACGCCAAAGGCUUCGCUUGCUCCGCGCCUUAAUCAGGUAUGGCAUUGCGUUACCAUUCGGAGUUCAUUACUUUUUAGACGGAAUUUUGGCUUUCUUAGGACAGAGAGUCUGCGGCCAUUGUCUUCAACCAGUUUAAUUGAGUGGAAGAGGAGGAGACAUUUCAUCUUUGCAGUCCCUCGGGAUGCUGAGGAAGCAUUUAAAAAGACCGUAGAAGUGGAUAGGUUAAUAGAUGCGCUGAGAGAUUCUAAUCCAAAAGAGCUUGAUAAGCUUGUUGUCGAAAAUGUCCUUGCAUUCAAUGAGAGUUUCUGGAUUCGACUUGCUGCAAGAACCGAUACUUGCAAAUCAGAGGAUGAUAAAAAAGACUACGAGGAAUUGGCUAUAUCUGUGAUGAGCAUAGUGGAUCGUCUUGUCCAUAAGACAAAUGAAAGGAUAAACUCAGCUACAGAUGUUCUCAAGGAGAUUUUGAAACCUGCAGUUGAUGAAGUAGAAGAGCUUGCCUGGCCUCCUAGAGAUCCUGAGGCUCUCAAGCUAAUGGAGAAUGUAAUAGUUCAAAGAGAGCAAGAGGGAGAACUAGAUGAGGGAUUUCUUUCAGAAGUUAAUGCACAGCUACGACAAGCAAAAGAAGAUGGGGAUAAACCGGGACUUGUGGCUAUGUUGCAAAAAGUUCUUCAACUGUAUGCUUCUAGAGUACUAUCCAAACGUAGUUACGCAAAAAAAGGUGAUGAAAUUUUGAAGGCUGAGCUGUUCCUGGAGACUGUAAUCAAAGCUCCUGAGGAAGAAUGGAACAAGCUUCUGAUCAGUGGAAUGACAGUUGGUAAGGGGGAUAUUUCUCCAGAGGAAUUCUAUGCUGUCAUCAAAAAGCGAAUUGAACGAACUUUGAUCCGAACAGAGGGAGGUUCUUACCAGCAGCGUGUUCUCACCGAGUAUCUUAAAGGCAUCCAAUCAAGAGCUGAGGAAAUUGUCCAAGUACUUCAGGGCAAGCAACAAUAUUAGCUGUGCAUGAUAUGUAUGAAAUACAACUAGUACUGCUUCUCAACGGUAAAGGCGGAAGGGUUGUGGGGAAAGGCUAGAAAGGACAUAGCAGCCGCUGAGAUUUUUGACCGCCAAGGAAAGGGAGAUAUUGUGCACUUAUGUUCAUUAGCAGAACUAAUUGGCUAUGGAACUGCCAUUGACUUCAUUCCACUCACUUUGAUAUGUAUAUGUCUUAAACCAUGUUUAUGCAACAUUCCUGAUUCCUUUAAAUUCUGUCUUCUACUCUUCUUGAUGUAUACACUCAUUGUCUCAUGCCCGCUUA